CAGAAUAUUCACUGACUAUCUGAGAAGGAUUGUUCUGUAUCAAUGGAGGAGGAAGCAGGGGAGGAGCUGGGGCUGGGUAGGUCAACAGCCCCUAAGGACUUCCACUUUUAUCAUAUGGACCUGUAUGACUCUGAAGACAGGCUGCAGCUCUUCCCAAGAGAAAGCAGCAGAAUCAGGAGAGAAGUAAUCCAGGCUGAGACGACCAAUGAGCCGAGAGGGGCAGGGGACAGUAAGAAUCUUCAGAAGGAAGUGGACGAGCUUGUCCAUUUAUACGGACUUGAAGAUGACCGUGAGUUAGGGAAUGAGUUUGUUGAUGAACACAGACUGGGAACUCUGGGGUAUCCUUCUUAUGGAAUGAGGAGGAGAGACCCAGUCAGAGAGCAGAGAGGCUGGGAGAUUAGCAGUGAGGUGGGUGAGGCCGAGGACCUGGGCUACGGAGGGCAAGGCUUUCCUGGCCAGGGCCAAGACCUUCGGGAAGCCUACAGGUACACACAUGGCCGUGCCAGUGAGGAGUAUGAGUGCUAUGUCAUCCCAGAGGAGGAGGAUGAAGAAGAGCCUGCUGACGUCUUCUGUGUCACUUGCAAAACUCCAGUAAGAACUGCUGAGAAAGAUUUUGAAAUACACAAGGAACAUGAAGUAACACCACUCAACAAAGCACUGGAAAGUGCCAAGGAUGAAGUCCACAAAAACAUGUGCAAAUUGGAACAGCAGAUCAUUGAGAUGGAAAAUUUCGCUAGCCACCUGGAGGAAGUGUUCAUUACAGUGGAGGAGAAUUUUGGAAGACAAGAACAAAACUUUGAGUCACAUUACAAUGAGAUCUUGGAAACCCUCGCUCAAAAGUACGAAGAAAAAAUUCAAGCCCUAGGAGAGAAAAAGAAGGAGAAGCUGGAAUCUUUAUAUGAACAACUGGUCACCUGUGGAGAAAACCUUGAUGCCUGUAGAGAGCUGAUGGAAACCAUAGAGGAGAUGUGUCAUGAAGAGAAGGUUGAGUUCUUAAAGGAUGCAGUGGCUAUGACUGACAGACUGGGGAAAUUUCUGAAAACCAAGACAGACGUGGAGCUCUCUGCACAGCCUGAGUUUGAAGACCAGACCUUGGAUUUCUCUGACGUGGAGCAGCUGAUGGAUUCUAUCAACACCGUUCCAGCUCCCUCUGCUCCAGUGAUAAACCCACAGGCCCCCAACUCGGCCACAGGGUCCUCCGUCCGUGUGUGCUGGAGCUUAUACUCUGAUGACACUGUGGAGAGCUACCAGCUGUCCUACAGGCCAGUGCGGGACAGCUCACCUGGCAAGGACCAAGCAGAGUUUAGCAUGACGGUCAAAGAAACAUAUUGCUCAGUGACAAAUCUUGAGCCAAAUACCCAGUAUGAGUUUUGGGUGAUAGCUCAGAACAGGACUGGUCCCAGCCCCUCCAGUGAGCACGCAGUAUACAUGACAGCCCCCUCUCCCCCCACUAUAAAAAGUGAGGCGAUCAGAAGCUGUGAGGAGGCUGCACUCAUUUGCUGGGAAUCUGGGAACCUGAAUCCUGUGGACUCCUACACAGUGGAGCUGAUCCAGGCAGAAACACUGGAAGCGUCGGGGGUGACUGAGUCUGUUGUAGGCAUCCCAACCUGUGAGUCCCUGAUACAGCUGCAGCCUGGACACAGCUACACCAUCUACGUCCGAGCCCUCAAUGUCGGGGGCACCAGUGCCAGGAGUGAGCCUGCGACGGUGCACACCACAGGAAGCUACUUCCAACUGAACAGGGACAGCUGCCAUCCCUGGCUGACCAUUUCUGAAGAUGGGUUUACAGUGGUUCGAAGUGAGAAGAAAACUUUCAGAAGGGAGCUGCCACCCACCAAGGCCCAGUUUAACAGGUGUGUUGCUGUCAUUGGAAAUCUGAUUCCAGUCCGAGGACGCCAUUACUGGGAGGUGGAGGUGGAUGAGCGUUUGGACUACACUAUUGGUGUGGCCUGUGAAGAUGUCCCUAAGCAGGAAGACCUGGGAGCAAACUGCUUGUCCUGGUGCAUGAGACAUACAUUUACCUCCACAAGGCACCGGUAUGAGUUUCUGCACAACAGGACAACUCCAGAUAUACGAAUCACGGUUGCUCCAAAGAAGAUUGGCAUCCUGCUGGACUAUGACAACUCCAAGCUGUCGUUUUUCAACGUGGACAUUGCUCAGCACCUAUACACAUUCAGCUGUCAGCUCCACCAAUUCGUGCAUCCCUGUUUUUCUUUGGAAAAACCUGGAUGCCUAAAGAUCUGCAAUGGCAUUUCAAUGCCAAAGCAUGUCACUUCUUUUUAGGCUCUUCUGAUGUUUGUCCUCUCCCUCAGCCACCCUCACCUC